AUGGAUUAAGUAAAAGCAAUGUAGUAAUAUAUAACUAAAUUAAACAUUGCUCUAACAGAUUUAUAAUAAAAAAAUAAAGAUUUAGAAGUAAAACUUGAUUAGGAAUAAAAAUUAGUGUAAUCAUUGCAAGAAAAAUUAGAAUAUACUGAAAAAAAAGUUAUCGAAUGAAAAAGAAUAAGUUGAAAUUCUAGAAAUCAAAGUUGAUGAAUAUGAAAAGACAUUAAAAAGUUUAUCUGAUACUAAAGUAUUAAAAUUAUUUAAUAUAAGAAACCAAUUUUUUUAGGCAAAGUUUUUAAUAAUUCAUAAUUAGAUCAAUUGAUAAUUAAACUUAAUUAAAGUGAAUAAUCAUUAGAUUUAUAAAUAUUAGAAAAUGAAAAAUUACAUGCUUAGGUUUUUACAUUAAAAACAUGA